CUCCUCCUCCUCCUCCUCCUCCUCCUCCUCCAGAGACUCGUGUUCUCACGAGUCGCCGUGUGUUAUCUUCUUGUCUUUCCGCAAUCAGUGAUGAUUUCCCGUCACAACGGUUGCAAAGAUCACGACUCGUUGAUCGAGCUUGAGCCUCGUUUUCCCUCACAGGACGACUUUCGCGUGUGUUUGCGCGAAGGCAUCGUUACCAAGGAUAUGCCGCCUGUGUGUCCGGUUGACGCGAGCGGUCGAUUCACGCCGGAGGUCGGCGACUUCGCCGGCCAGUACGUCAAAGACGCCGACAAGAGCAUCUGCCAGUACCUGAAGAAGGCAGGACGCCUGGUCAAUCAGUCGACCAUCCAACACAGCUAUCCCUUUUGCUGGCGCUCUGACACGCCGCUCAUUUACAAGGCGGUUCCGACUUGGUUUAUUCGCGUGGAGGACUUGGUUGAUCGCCUGCUAGCCAAGAACGCUGAAACAACGUGGGUUCCGGAGUUUAUUAAGGAGAAGCGAUUUGCCAAUUGGCUACGCGACGCACGCGAUUGGGCUGUUUCGAGAAAUCGAUACUGGGGCACGCCUAUCCCCAUCUGGGUGUCUGACGACAUGGAGGAAGUCGUCUGUGUUGGGUCCAUCGACGAGUUGGAGAGGUUAUCUGGCCGGAGGGUCGCGGAUCUACACAAGGAAUUUGUGGAUCCGAUUACAAUUCCUUCAAAAAUGGGAAAGGGCGAUCUGCAUAGAAUUCCAGAGGUUUUCGACUGCUGGUUCGAGUCUGGAUCAAUGCCUUACGCUCAGCUUCACUACCCGUUUGAAAACGCUAAGCGCUUCAAAGAAGGCUUUCCCGCCGACUUCAUCGCCGAAGGUGUUGAUCAAACGCGUGGAUGGUUCUACACACUGCUGGUUCUCUCAACUGCCCUCUUCGAUCAGCCGCCAUUCAAAAAUUUGAUCGUCAGUGGCAUUGUCCUCGCCUCAGACGGCCAGAAGAUGAGUAAACGCCAAAAGAACUACCCAGAUCCCAUGGAGGUGAUUAACAAGUACGGCUCGGAUGCUCUGCGCCUCUACCUCAUCAACUCACCGGUCGUGCGUGCCCAAAACCUGCGCUUUUUCGAAUCGGGCGUUCGCGACGUGCUGAAGGACGUCUUCAUCCCGUGGUACAAUGCCUUCAGGUUUCUCAUGAAGUCGUCAGUCAUGCCAUUUGAACGCGAAUCAGGCCAGCGAUUCGUGGUGCGGCCGAACGACUUUCCCCAAACCCGCAACUACAUGGACAAGUGGAUUCUCUCCUUCACGCAAAGCCUUAUGGUGUUUGUGAGGCAGGAGCUCAAGGCCUACCGCCUCUACACGGUGGUACCACGCCUGGUCAAAUUUAUCGACCACCUCGUCAACUGGUACAUUCGCAUGAAUCGCCGUCGUCUCAAGGGUGACGCUGUCGAGGAUCGGGCAGACUGGUUAAGCGCGCUCCACACCUUGGUGAAGGUUCUUUUCCAGUUGAUCUUUGUGAUGGCGCCGUUCGCGCCCUUCUUCACGGAGUUCAUCUACCAACAUCUGCGGGACAAGCUGAAUUUUUCCGAAAACUUGUCUACUCUCGACCCCAACCAACUUGGAAUCGAUAAGGCGACCGGUGCACCGGAAUCCCUUCACUACAUAACCUGUGUGGAGCCGCAUACCGACCAGAUCCACGAAGACAUUGAAGAGACCGUGGCGUGGAUGCAAGCCGCCGUGGAAUUGGGUCGUUCAAUUCGUACCAAGAAGGACCUACCACUCAAGGCGCCUCUUCGUGAAGCCGUGGUGAUUCACCCCGAGGGUGGCGUUCUCAAGGCCAUCUCGUCAAUGCGGCCGUAUAUCGUUGAGGAGCUCAAUGUGCGUAACCUGACGGUGACUGCAGACAAAGAGAAGUAUGGAAUUAGACUGAGGGGUCGCCUAAAUCCCGCUGUGGGCGCUCGACUCAAGAGCCAGGUCAAGGUCGUUAUGGAGGCGGUCGCGCGGCUGACAGAAGAACAACUUGAAGCCUACGUCAAAACCAAUGAGCUGACAGUGGCUGGCACAACCCUCUCGGGAGACGAUCUCACCGUGGACUACGUCGUCGGUGGCGGAGGCUGCCAUGACCAGAGCGCUCCUAAGAAGCAGAAGAAGGCUCAGGCGAAGGACGGUGAAAAGAAGUCUCAAGCGGCACCCCCAGCUGACCCUCAGGGCCCCCUCUACGAAGCCCAGGCCGACUCCAGGGGCCUCCUUAUCCUCCUCGACGUUCGAGCCGACGCGGAAUUGGAGGAGGAGCGCAUUGCUCGCGAGCUAAUCAAUAGAAUUCAACGAGCCCGCAAGAAGGGCAACCUCGUGCCAGAAGAUCCCAUCCAGGUUGUCAUCUCCACGACCUCGGAGGUUCUGCGUCGCCUGCUCAAGUCCCACGCUGCCCUCAUCGACGCCACGGUGAAACAGCCAAUCGCGUGCAACGUGGAGGCUUCAGCAGCCAAGGAGGCCGCUCUGGCCGCCCUCUCUGACGCCGACCGCCUGGGUCAAGUCGCAGUCACCGAUGAAGCCUCGAUUCCACCGGACAACCUGGUGGUGACUAUCUUCCACCGCCGCACCUCGGCCAACGCGCCGCCGAAGGACGUCCGCGUGUCGUGUCCGCGCGUCCUCAAGGUCCACUGCGCCGCCGGCUCGGACAGGCCCAUCGAGGUGUGCUUGGUGGACGCCUCCGGCAGGCAAUUGGUUGGCAGCCUCCUCGAGUUGAUUCAAUUGGUGAGUUUUGGGGCACCGAGUCACCAUCGAAUUCACCACGGGCGGGUCUCGAUGCGUUUCCCUAGUACCAGGGCCCACUGCACGGCGCUCAGCAACUGUUUCAAUUAUCCAAUGGGGUUAAUCACUUUAGGCUGA